AGGCCGAGGGGCCGUCGGAGCGCAUGCUCCGUCCUUGAGCUCUUCCCGGGCAGGUUUGGAACCGCGUUGCUGAGGCUGGCUGGCGCGCGCAUGCGCGUCUCCGGUACCUGGUUCUUUCCCCACUGGACAAGGAGCGGCUGGUCUUGGAAUUGAAGCCUGCCGAGCCGGAAGGCGCUGUGCUUUUUCACCUCCGUCGCUCUGGCGGAAACGCAAGCGGUGGAAGAGAGGUUCCGGGGUUGGCCUCGGCUGGCGGCUGCAGCAUGGACACCCGGGCCGAGGAGGCGGGAGUGACUCGCCGCCCGAUGCUGGCCUCUUCCUGGGAUGCUGCCUGCGGAGCCCUGGCCCGGAGUCUCCAUCUCACCCGGGCUGGUGUCGGCGCCCCGGACUUGGACUGGGAGCAGCUGCUGGCGCCGCCUGACCCGGGCCAAGAUCUGGUGAUUUUGAAAAGAAGCCUCAACAGUGACCAAGAUGAAAACCCCUGCUUCCUUUACCUGAGAUGUGACCCUAACGGAGGUGAAGAGAUCGUUUCUAUUGGCAUUUUAAGUUCCGCAAGAAAUAUGGAAGUAUACUUAGGAGAGGAGUACUGUGGAACCAGUAGGGGCAAGAAUGUUUGUAGUGAUCUGGAUAACAGUGAAGGUGAAAAGAUUAUUUUGUACAAAAAAUAUCUAAAAUUGGAGUUCUCCACACAUGCUUGUAAAAUAAAGUUGCUCUCCUUUGGUGAAAAGCAGUGUGUGUUCAUCAGUAAAGUUGUGGUACACAUGAGGCGGGUUUCAGCCAGUUCUUCAACAAGCUCUCCUGCUCUAGGAUCAAGGAUAGACCUCCGGAGGGUCCAGACUAUCAUGGAGUCCAUGGGGUCAAAGUUGUCACCUGGAGCUCAGCAACUGAUGGAUAUGGUUAGAUUUCAGCAGCAGAAUCGUAUUCCCAUUGGCGAGCGGCUUCAGUCGGUUUUGGGAAAUCCUGGCUACGGACGUGGGAUUGACCUGCAGUCAUCAUCUGCUUCGGGGGCCUUGGACAAGUCCCCGUCCACGCCUUUUCCUUUCAGAACCGGCUUGACCUCUGGAAACGUGACUGAAGACUUGAAAGCUUGCACCGAUCAAAGUCUGCAGCCACCCGGUGGCGGAAAGGCUACGAGCCUCCAAGAGUAUAAAACUGUGUCACCAAGCCACGUUCUUCUUGAGAAUGACCUCAAAAAUGCGGUUUCUUCUCUCCUACCAAAGAAAGCAAGUGACAACUCGAAUAUACCUAACUCUGACUUGCUGCCUUUUCUCCAGAGUUUAUGUAGUCAAGUUAGCCAUCUCCGCGUGGGACGUAACACCAAGAGGCAGGAAACCAUCCCUAAGGCUGGUGGAGACAUUGCUGGUGUUGCCACGGAAGAGCAGCCUGUGUGCUCCUACUUGGAAAAGGUCCUUACUAAAAAUAUGGAACUGAUGGAAAAGAAGCUUGUGGACUACAUUGAUCAGCGGAUACAUAAACUGCAGAAGCACAUAGAUACAAAGAUGGCUUUGUUGAUGGACGUGCUGCAGAGUCCCUGCCCCCCACCCACCGGGAUGGCCCUCCGACAGUGGGACUCUGGGGAAAGACUGUCAAACGGAGAAAGAUAAGUGCUCGACACGGACCGUGCGCUACAGAUAUUUAUUACGUAUUUAUUAGAAAGCCAAAACCCCACAAGUUCAAGGCAAGUAUUUAAUGGCAUUUGAGGAUCACCAUCUUACGUACGGUGACCUCAGUGUUCGUUUUAGCUCUACUUGUUACUGUGAAUCCAGUACUGUGCGCUAAGAUUUAAUAACACGAUAGGGUUAUAAAUUAUUUGCAGUAUUUUUAUUGUUUGCUUUUGUUUACUUUUUUAAGUGUUUAAACUUUUCAAGGAUUUCUAUUGCAAUUCAUGAGUCUGUAUUGUAUAUGUGUUUGAUUUAAGUGCUGUUUUAAUUUAUACAAAAACCUUAUGUUUUAAGGGUAUGAAAAAACAGUAUUUGAUAUAUUUUUCUUUUUCUAAAACUGAGUACUUAAGAAUCUCAACCUUUAGUUUCAAUCACAUAAUUACAUUUUGUAUUGUUUAUUUCAGAUAAAAAAUUAGAUGUGAUGUUUCUGCAACAUUAGUUUACAUGGGGCCAUUAAUUUUGCAUUCUGUCAUGUUGGAGCUCUAUGUGGGUAGGAGAGAAAAAUCAGAACUGGCCUUUGUUAAGAUUAUUACUCCAGGUUAGCGUUUGGUGGAAAACGAGUUGGAUCUCACUAAACCCAGAAAGCGUAAGGAACUCUUCUUUCCUGAGCUGAUAGUGGUUCUUCUUUCCAGAGCCCUUCUCUGAUAUGUCUCCAGCGUGAAGCACUGAGGCUCUCACAGAAGGAUUAAGGCCUAUGAAUCAAGGAGCUCGCGGUUCUCUCUGGCAGACGUAAUUUUCAGAAAUGACAAUGAUUUCACAUGUCUUGAGGGGUGGUAUAUUUGCAUCUAAAAAAUAAAUGCGUCUACUCUGGAAACUGUCUUGAGUAAAUAGAAAUAGUUUCAUUUCAUCUAAUAUUUGUUCUACUUGAAAAAGAUGUUUUAUACUCGUUUAACGUUUUGGUGAAUUUAGUUGUUUAAAUAGUGAGAACCAAUACAAUGUUCAUGUACGACUCACUCUGACCUCAGUGACAGGAGGUCUCUGUACCACUUUUAUCAAGCUUUUCCUAAUUUAAUCACCACAUAUGUAGCCAUUAAACAGCAUUUCUUGAAGAAAAAUUUCUUUUAAUGUUUAUUAAUUUUUGAGAGAGCAGAGGCGGAGCAGAGACAGAGGGAGACACAGAAUCUGAAGCAGGCUCCAGGCUCUGAGCUGUCAGCAGAGCCCGAUGCGGGGCUCGAACUCAUGAACCGCGAGAUCAUGACCUGAGCUGAAGUCAGAGGCUUAACCAACUAAGCCACCCAGGCGCCCCAAACAGCAUUUCUUCCUGCUCUCAGGAGAAGGGUGUGUCACUUAAAGCCAAACCCUUUCGUUAACAAUUAGGCAGCUUCUGAUAGUUGCGGUCUGUUCUUUGGCUGGGAAAUCUCAAUAGAGUUACAACUAGAACACCAAGUAUGUCUUAUAAAAUGAUUCCAAUAAUACAAUAUUCAUGAUUAUGGUACUAGAAGUAAUUUAGAAGAGCUUUAAUUCCUGAUUUUCCAUUUCUCAGUUUUUCCAUGUUAAUGAAGGCCUAAGCUGCACCAUAUAUAUAUAUAUAUAUAUAUAUAUAUAUAUAUAUAUUAGAUAUUCACAGAUACUGAUUUUCUUAUAUUUGUAAAUUGCUGUACAUGAGUAUGUUUUUCUGUAAUAAUUGCUUUAUUGUUAUUUCCUAAGAAAAUACUGCCAGAAUUUGCUCAACAGAAGCAGGAGACCAUACAUAGUAUUUACAAAGUCUCUGUGAAGUCUUUUUCUCCUUGUAACUUUUCUCCACCUGUAAAAGCCAAAUGUGCGAAGUCAGAACGAGCAAACGCACCUUCACAGGCCUGCUGCGGUUUAAAGUAGCUGCAGGGGAUGUGUGGUGAUCAAGAAAUUAAAUCAAGUUGGCUUUCAUCCAGAUCUGGACAGGUUAAUUGUCGUGUGUGUGAGAUGCUUGACCUCAAGAUUAUCAUCGCCCUUGGUGGUGGCUUACUGAUUGUCACAUUUGUGCUGAUGGCUGUUGUCAUCUGUCUUUACUACAAAGUAGCCAACGCAUUGAAAUGUUCAAAGGCAUAUUUGGCUCUGACCAUCAAUAAUAAUGAGGCCACAGUCACGAUGACCCCAGACUCCACCAAUGGGUCCUAUCCCAGCAUCCGGUGUUGUGAAGAAUGUAACUUGAAUGCCAACUCGAACCCCCUGCCACCAUGAUUCUGUGACGUAACCAAAAGACCUGGACUUGGCACAAAAAUCUUCAUUCGCGGUAUUUCUUUCUUGGUAGGAUUCAUUAUUCAAGUCAGGUUCAAAUCAUGUUUACAUCAUGUUAGGUACCACAUAUUUAUGUACUUUUGAAUAAAUAUGCAAGAGAAAAAUAAUCCUCUCUGCCUCUGGCA